AUGGCAAUUGUGAAGCUGUUGGUCUUCGCAUCAUGCUGGCCAGUCCUGAUACAGGCUGAAGCCGUUGAGGACGUGAUGCCGGUGGGUGAUGACGUCGACGAUGAAUGCGCUUCCCCAGGAUGUGCGCUUCAAGCUUUGCAGGCGCGUGCCAAGACCGUUGUCAACCAGGCCACGGCGGACGCGACUUCUGACAAAUAUGCGAGCGUCCCGGGGGUCGGCGAUGAUGGCUGGGACGACUUCCUGCCUGAUCCGGAUGAUGUUGGUGACGAAGAGGACGACAGCCUUCCUGAUGAAGAAGGGCCUACUGGUCCUGGUCUGUGUGGCACCGAGACUUACGACCACUCAAAGGAAGGAUGCUGCGGCAGUGAGCUGUUCGACCUGACGACGCAGAGCUGCUGUGGCAAUGACAUCUUUGACAUCAAGGACGAGGAUUGCUGCAAUGAGACCACAGUCUACAACACCACCAAGCAAGGCUGCUGCAAUCACAAGCAUGUCUUCAAUCUCGGUGAAGAGUACCUCACCUUCGCGCUCAAGUGCAUUGCCCCUGCGAAGCCGCCAUGGAACACGCAGUUCGACUGCACCGAGGAGUGGCCCCCCAAGAGCUAUGCUGAGACCUGGAGCCGUUACUGUGCUGCGAAGAGGCGAGGAUAUCACAUGGCGUGGGCAAUGACCCGCUCCUGCGAGGUGGGCUGGCUCUCCGUCAUCCAACGGACGCAGGAAGAUGCGAAAAUGAAGAGUAAGUCGCAAUGCCAGUCGAGAUCUAACCAGUACAAGAAGGAGACCUGCUACAUCUUUGACUUCGACGGCAAGGCCUGCCAUCGUCAGCGCUGCGGCAACACGCUCUACGAUGCCACAAUGAUGGGCUGCUGCAACGGGGAGGUGUUCGACUCGCGGACUCACGACUGUUGUGCGGGCACCAUCUACGAAACCAAGACAACCGGAUGUUGCAACGGCAAGGUGUACCACAAAGAGCCGCGCAGGUGCUGCGGUGGGAAGCAUCUCUUCAACAGCAACACGCAUGGUUGCUGCUUGGAGAAGGGACCCCAAGUGUUCAAGUUUGGAAAGCAGAACUGCUGCGCUGCCCCCAGAGGCAUCUGCAAGAUUCCCACAGCGAACGCUAUCUCUUCCGAACGCAUCUUCCAAGCAGGUGCCCCGUCGGAGCCGCGGCGCAGGCUCGUUGCAGACUUGCUGCACGAGGGCUCCUCGUCCUGUGGCAAGUGUGCUGGCAAUCUGGUGCACGCAGCAGGCGUUCAGCUUGGCACGGCACCGGACCGUUUGAUGCCAGGGCUCCUACUGGUGGGCUCCCUUCUUUACGUGCUUUUCUUCGUGAGGCGUGCGGCCGGCGAUCCGCCAUGUGCGCUCGACCUCAGCUUCGGCUUUAGUGGCCCAGGUGAUUUGCAGCACCAGGACGCUCCCCCAGACCGCUGCGCUGGCCUGGGACAAAGCACUGGCGGACAGCUCGCCAGGAGCUGCCUGGGGUUGGUGGGUGCGCAGACGCUGAAAGACAUUCGCGCGGGCUUCCAAGCCCAGGCGGUGAGCAAGGAUGUGGAGCAUGAGCGCAAGCCGCUGGGAGUCACGAGCCCAUCGAACCUUGCGAUGAAAGCUGCCGAGAGGGAACUCACGCUGACGCCAGUCUCCCCGACAGCAACACCAAGGGCUGCAGUGACAGAAGCCAUGUUCACCUUCUCCGAACCACGGGGGAUGUGGUACAGCCUUCUUGUGAACGAUAUGUGCCCGCCGCCGCAAGAGGACCUCAACAAGGUGAUCUCCCACCGCUGGGCCUUCCAAGGCGCUCUGGAGCUCGCGGCGCAGGGCAAGAGCAUCUGCUACUUCAUUCUGUGCCUGCUGGAGAUCCAGAGGAACAUUCAGAUGGAUCAG